UAAAAACUCCCUCAAGGCCUUCACAAAAAUUCAGAAUACAAUCUCUUCUUCAUAAGAUAAGAUCGAACAGCAAUUAUCGAUCGGGAUGAUUUCCUCAUGGAGGCGACGAAGAGCAACCCGCCGCGCACGGAAGGAACAGCUAGUGGGUUGUGAAGAGGCAGGUGAAACCGAGCUUACCAUCCCGAGUCAUUUCCGGUGCCCCAUCUCGCUGGAUCUGAUGAAAGAUCCCGUCACGCUGUCAACAGGGAUCACCUAUGACAGGGAAAGCAUCGAAACAUGGAUAGACGCUGGCAACCGGACGUGCCCCAUCACCAACCAGGCUCUGAGGAGCCUCGAGCCCAUCCCGAACCAUGCCAUCAGGAGGAUGGUUCAGGACUGGUGUGUGGAGAACCGUUCAUUUGGCAUCGAGAGGAUCCCCACCCCAAGGAUCCCCGCAAGCCCUAUGGACGUGCUGGAGAUUCUUAAGAAUAUCGCAUCAGCGAGUGAGCGGGGAGACCGAGACGGGUGCAUUGAGUCAGUGGCAAAGAUGAAAGCUCUGGUCAGAGAAGGUGAGAGAAACAAGCGGUGCUUCGCAACCCACGGGGCAGGGACUGCCUUGUCGUCAGCCUUCGAGGAAUUCUCGAACACAUCAUCACUCGAUGAAAACAUUAUUGUCCUUUUCGAGGAAAUGCUCUCGGUCUUCCCGUCCAUGUUCCCUCUCAAUAGUGAGGCCAGGUCCCAUCUUGGGUCGCCGGCAUCGCUGCAUUGCAUGAUCUUGCUGCUGAAGUCGGGCGACUUGACAGCAAGAAGGAACUCGGUCUUGGUCCUCAAGGAGAUUGUCUCUUCAGAUAGUAGAAAUAAGGCUGAAGAGGUAGCGGAGAUCGACGGGGCUCCAGAGGCCCUCUACAAGCUGAUCAAAGAGCCCAUUUGCCCAACAGCCACCAAAGCUGCACUAGUUGUUAUUUACCGCAUGACCUCAUUGAAUCCUACCAAUGAAAAAAUCAUCACAAGGCUCGUCGAGAUGGGCCUGGUCAACCUGCUAAUAGAAACACUAGUUGACGCUGAUCGUAGCGUGUGUGAGAAGGCUCUGGGUGUCCUCGACGGGAUUUGCAACAUUGAGUUGGGAAGAGUCACUACCUAUGAUCAUUCGCUGACGGUCGCGGCUCUGGUGAAGAAACUCUUACGGGUCUCUGAACUGGCGACCGAGUUCUCAGUCUCUGUGCUUUGGAAGCUGGCCCGUAGGAAUGACCAGCCAGACGACGGUGCUUUGGUGGAAGCGCUUCAAGUGGGGGCAUUCCAGAAGCUGCUUCUGCUUUUGCAGGUCGGGUGCGGCGAGAGGACGAAGGAGAAGGCGACGGAGCUUUUGAAGCUGUUGAAUCUCCACAGGGAGAGGUCGGAGUGCAUCGACUCCUCGGACUUCAAAGAUUUGAAAAGGCCAUUCUAAUUAAUUCAGAAAUAGUCGGUCGUCCUUUACUUUCUUGUAGAUGAUUACACAAUACAAUCGAUCAGAAGCACACAUUUACUUAAUGUAGAUAGAGAUUUGAUACGUCAUGAGUCAUGACAAGUUAAUUUGUACAAACAUCCAAUUAAAUAGUACUGGUCUUUUUUCUUUUUU